AUGAACUUUGAUCAAGACAACUUUAGGAAAUCUUCCAACUUCAAAACACCAACAAAAACCGCCAAAAUGACACAGUCCAAGGCCGAUAAGAUCGAGAGCGUUAAGGCCAACCUCCCCCUUCCCGAGGACCCCCCCGUUGCCCCUGACUGGCAGUCCGCCGAUGCCCGCAACGUCAACGUUGGCAGCGGCCGUACUGAGGCCCCCAUCAGUGGCGACAAGCCCGCCGCCUCGGCCCUGCGCGACCCUUCGUCCACGACCAACGUUGACCUGAAUAACGUUGGCCGCCAGGCCGUCGAGGGACUUGACGACCUCCCCAGAGAUGCUAUCGCCAAAAAAUAA